GCGCGGCCAUGGCGCUCCUGCUCUCGGCUCUGCGCGUCCUGCUGGGCGGCUUCUUCGCGCUCACGGGGGCGGCCAAGCUCUCAGAACAGCUCUCGGCUCCGGCGUCGGAGCAGAUGAAAGCCCUGUUCGUGCAGUUUGCUGAGGUGUUCCCGUUGAAGGCGUUCGGCUACCAGCCAGAUCCGGUGAGCUACCAAACAGCUGUGGGCUGGCUGGAACUGCUGGCUGGGUUGCUGCUGGUCAUGGGCCCACCGAUGCUGCAAGAGAUCAGUAACUUGUGCUUGACCCUGCUCAUGAUGGGGGCUAUCUUCACCUUGAUGUCUCUGAAAGAGUCACUAAGCACCUGUGUCCCGGCCAUCGUCUGCCUGGGGUUCCUGCUGCUGCUGGAUGUCUGCCACCUCUUAGGCUAAACUAAGAAGGCGAUCAGACUCACUGCGAAGAAGACUCCAAGUGCAUUCAAGGAAUCGUGGGAAUAGAGAGUCUUUGCUCUUCAUACCAUGCAGCUGUCACAGCAGGAACAGGGUAGAACACGCAGAGUCUACCACCUUGUUACCAAUACGUCCAGGGCCAUCCAGUAUUGAAGGAGAUGUCUGCCUGGCCCUGCUUUUUCUCUUCAACUUUACUGCUCUUUUUUGAGGGGUACAUGUUAUACAUACUAACAUUCCUAUGUCAUAUGAAAAUUGAAAAGAAAUUUAAAUCAACCAAAAUUCUAAUGUCCCAAAAUAACCACUUUUAAUGCCUUAGUAUACCUCUCAACUUUUUUCCGUGCCUUUAUACAGAUACAUUUUUUUAAUGAAAAUGAGACCAUAUAUCCU